AUGACUGCGCCGUCAGGCCAACCAGAUCAGCCGCAACCCAUUGACCUGCUCUGCGGCUGGCCCAACCCCGCGCUCCUCCCCGCCGAGGAUCUGCUCCGCUCCGCCACGACCGUUCUGACCACGCCUUCCAUUGCCCACCCAGGCUUACUCUAUGGCCCUGACGAGGGCUAUGAACCUCUACGUGCCCACAUCGCCCAGUGGCUGGGGGACUUCUACCAGCCUUGCGAGCCCAUCUCGCCCCUGCGCAUUUGCAUCACCGGCGGGGCGAGCCAGAACCUCGCUUGCAUCCUCGCCGUCUUUACGGACCCAGUGUACACGCGGAAUGUUUGGAUGGUCGAACCCACGUACCAUCUGGCCGCCCGCAUGAUGGACGAUGCAGGCUUCGCGGGUCGAAUCCGCGGUGUCCCCGAGGACGACGAGGGGUGUGAUCUGGAAUUUCUGGCGAAGGGCCUGGCUACGGCUGAGGAGAAUGCUCAGGCGACAGGCAACACCCAACCGGUAUCGACUUUCAUCCGAGAUCUCCCAUUCCCCAUUUCCCUCCCUGUUGCUGAACUGCAGAAACACAGACAACGCAGCAAAAGCAUGAAAAGAUGCAGUAUACAUUCGACUAACUCGUUCCUUCUUUUACCCAUUGCCAUGGAAAUAGACAUUGAAACCCCCCGGCCGUGGCGCAAGAUCUACAAACACGUUAUAUACGCGGUUCCCACUUUUGCGAAUCCGUCCACGAAGACGAUGUCCCUGGGCCACCGGGAGCAAUUAGUUCGUCUGGCCCGCCAAUACGAUGCCCUGUUGGUGACCGACGAUGUCUAUGACUUCCUACAGUGGUCUGCGACUCCCGGGGGCCAGCUGCCCGCCCCAAACCACGCAUGCCUCCCCCGCCUGGUGGAUGUGGAUCGCUACCUUGACGGUGGUCCUGUGGAUGAAUGGGGCCACGCAAUAAGCAAUGGGAGCUUCAGUAAACUGAUCGGCCCUGGCUGCCGUACUGGGUGGGCCGAGGCCUCGAAAAAGGUUGCCUACGGAUUGUCGCAAGCAGGCUCAUCCCGGUCCGGCGGUGCACCCUCUCAGCUCUGUUCCACCUUCAUCGAUCAGCUGCUGCUGUCCGGCUCUCUGGCAACCUAUAUUAGCCAGGUACUGCAGCCGGCCUACGCCGAGCGGUAUCACAUCCUCCUGGCCGCCAUCCAGGAGCAUCUGGUGCCCCGCGGCGUGACCGUCGCCAGGGCCUCGCCGACGGUGGCGGGUGGAUACUUCAUCUGGGUGACCCUGCCGGCGCCGCUGCGCGCGGCAGAGAUCGUACAAAGGGCUCAGGGCCAGGCUAACCUGCGCUUAGCGCCCGGAGACCUGUUUCAGGUGCCUGGUGACUCACGAAGCGACCAGUUCUUCGACUGCCUGCGCCUCUGCUUUGCCUGGGAAGAGCCGCGUCACCUGACUGAAGGGGUGCGUAGGCUUGCACGCGUCCUAGACCAGGCACUUGUAUAG